GAUAUGUGAACAAGGUGUGCCAUCAUCAGUGUUAGGUGUGAAAAAUUUUUGGAAAUCAAUCGCAUAUAACAUCGGUGGUCAUGUAUUUACUUUAGAUGACAUCGAACAUGGAAUUCUCAGAGGUAAUUGCAGUGAUUUUAUAACCCCCUAAAGCACAAGACUCUUCCCUUAACAAAUAAAUUGUUUGGCUCAUUAGACAGAGUAAAAUUAUUAUAAUAAUUUGGGCGCAUUGCAGCUUAAUCAGUGAAUUAGCUGCCCUGCAAGAAUACAGUUGGUGGAGUAUGUUAAUAGCCAUCCAGUAAUGUGUUAAUUAACCCAUUCAGUGCUAUAAGUGCUCUCCCCACCCAUUCAGUGCUAUAAGUGCUCUCCCCUUGUGUAAAAUCGUGUGGAGCAAUGCAACUUUAAUGCAACUUAAUGGGCUAAAGUCAUUGAUAUGAAAGCUGAUGAAAUGUGUAACAAAAGCUAAAACAAUACAAGCAUAUUUAAGCCAUAAAAGGCUAUUAUUUAUGAAAAUUUGCAUAAAUUUAAGAAUCUGGAUUUAGUUUGUAUUGGAUUAAAAAUGAAAGAUGAUUGAUAAAUAUCUUCUUGUGAAUAUAUUUCAGGCAACAGACCGCACCCAUCUAGUCCCAAUCCUUUAUUCAACGACAGUGACCCUCGUCUCCAGUAUUCACUACAAAGUGUUGAUCCUCGGAUACACUUUGGUUUGGUUUGUGGAGCCAAGGUAGGUUGAGUGUCGAGAUCCAGAACACCCUGGCACUCUGCGAAAUGUGCCUACCAGACUGGCGUCACUGGCUGUCUACAGGAUCUUGGUUUCUUCCUAUAGUAAUACUGCAUCAAUAUGGCAGUGGUUAUUGGACCUCUAAGAAAGAGUUUAGACAAAAUUGAUAGAACUAUCCAGUAUAAAUAAAGUCAGUUUAGUUUAGGUUUCCUCCAGAAAUAACCUUCAGGGGAAAAACAGUUUAGAACUGAUACAGGUAUCCAGUAUAAAUGAAGUUAGUUUAGGUUUCCUCCUAUUCAUAUAUAUACUAGAUCACUGAUAGAGCUAUCCAAUUAAUAGAGCUAUCUGAUAAUUAAUAUUCGUUCACUUCAGUCUUGUCCUGCAAUCAAUGUUUAUUCAACGACGAAUCUUGAGCGUGGUUUGAAAGUUGCAGCUGAAAACUUUUGUUCUCAAGAAGUUCAUGUUGACAUGAAUGUUAAACGGGUAAGGGUGCAAACGCCAGAAUCUCACAUCUUGUCUGCCAACAAGCCAUCAACAAGUUGUGUUCGCACUAAUGUCCCGAGUUGUCAACAAGUUUGGAACAACUAGUUGUUAACAGUUGUAACAACCUUGUUGAUAUUAUAAGACUAAUAUUGCAAAGUUGUUGCAGCAAGUCCAAUGCAUUCAUUCAUUACAACCUUAUAAUGCUAGCAAAUUUGCUACCGUCAUCAACCUUGUAACAAAGUGAUAACAACUUGUUCCAGACUUGUCACAACUUGGAACAAGCAGUGCGAACACAUCCCGAUAUCGGCUUGACAACAACCUUGUUACAAUUUGUUUGCAGAUCUAUAACAACUUCCGAGUAAUUAUUUUUGGGGUUUCCUUGUCAUUUUUUCAUAACAUUUUGGUUGUGAAGUUAGUAUGUGUCUAUUCUAAUACUAACAGGUCAAAAUCUCUAUUACCACUAACAGGUCACAUUAUCGAAGAUAUUUCUUUGGUAUAAAUCUGACUUUGCUGAAGAUGAUAUUGAUCUUUUGAGGUAAGCAGAUGCAUAAAGUGCUUUUCGUACAAUUUUGAUUGCUUGCUGCUUGCUCAUCCCUGGAUAUCCUUGCACUUAAUUCACCUCUGCCUCCUGACCAAAAUAUAAACCGACAUGUAAAUUUGUAAGCAGAUUGUAUAGCGAAAAAUUCGCGCAACGGGCUGCAACCAAAGCUCAGUGGGCGCAAACUGCUAAAUUGCUUCCACAGUCACAGAAUAAAGAUCGACACAGAAGGGCCACUUACGUCGGAAGCUUUCAAGUUUCUGUCCCCCUGGCCGCCACCUUCCUAGCCAGUCGAUUACAUAUUCUGCCCAAUAAAUGCACUGUAUUGGCUGGAGGCCCCGCCUUCUGGCCAGUCAACUGCAUAUUUUUGCAUAAGAAAAUGGCGACACGUUGCACCACUCAGUGGCCCUUCUGGUACUAAUCUUUAUUCUGUGCCACAGUUCCACUCCCAAAAAAAUAAUUUCCUUCCCAACUUUUUGCAAAGGCCAAAAUUUCCUUUUGCAAGGAAAUUUCCUUGCAAAUGGAAGCACUGGUGGAAAUAUUCACUGGCAUCACAGACUCGACAGACCAUUGAACUAUAAAUAAACGAUGUGUAUUUAUAGUUCAAUGUGUAUUUAUAGUUCAAUGGGACAGACCAGCGUUUCCACUUGGAAGGAAAUUUCCUUCCAGAAGGAAAUUUUGGCCUUUGGAAGGAAAUUUGGAAGGAAAUGGCAUUUGGAAGGAAAUAUUGUCACAAGGAGGGAAAUGAGAAGGAAAUUCUAUUUUAUCUCAUAAUUUCUAAGAACAAGGCAAUUUUCAUACAAUUUUGUGCAAAAGAAGACUCUGAAAAUGCCAUUUCCAACGAUCUAGAGACUCCAAAUUUUCAAAAUUUUCUGCUCGGCACCAACCAUGGUGGCGCGCCUCGUAGGCCCCCCAAAGUGAGAUCUCACAGAUGUUUUUUUUUUCAAAGUUGGCAACUAUGUAUCUAGGACAGGACUCCAGAAUCCCUAUAUUGAAAUAACAAUCAAACGUUGUACCCAGGGUAUUAUUUCUCAGACUCUACUUAGCGUGGGCAGGAAAGACCCUAGGGGUUUCUUGUGUGUGUGUGUCCAGGGGGGAGAGAUGCAAGACACAGUUAUGGAAUCUCUUUUCGCACCCAGAGCAAGUAGCCCCCAAUUAUUACGCUUUUUGUCCCCCCGGAGCGAAGAUGACUUUUUGCCCCCCUGGGGCGAAGAUGAGCUGAUUUCAACCGAUUGAGGGGCGAAGAUGGCUGAUUUUUUAGUUAUCUGCUAUAAAUUAAUAUAAUGUGUUUCAAUACUCGAGUUGAGAUGUUAAUUAACAGGUAAAUCUGUCAAUUUUGAUACAAAUUUUGAAGGAAAAAUGUAAGGAUAUUUAGAGAUUCUUGGAAGGAAAUUUUGCAGGCAAAAAGGAAAUUUCGGGUUAUGGAGAAGGAAAUUAUUUUUUUGGAGUGGAAACACUGGGACAGAUAUGGGACAGACUGGCAUUGUUUGAUUCCAUACUCCAUAGAUCAGCGCAUAGAUAUGUGAAAACAGUUGCGACUUGCGAUUCGAUUCCAACAAAAACCGAAAAGUAUUAUAACAAAAACUCUAAUCUUGGAAAGCUGUUGACUGUUCGUAUAUGCAAUACAAUGGCAAUGUCAAAGUCUGCAAAGAAAUCUGGUAUUAACGAAUUUCUCAUUGAAGUCACACAAGAGUUGCUUUAUAAUAUCGUGUUCGAGGCGAAUGAAAUCAAGUAUGAUGUAUUAAGCAAGAAGUUUAAAGACAUAACUGGCCAUCGACCGAUGGAUUUCUUUGGCUUUGGUAAUAAAACAGGUCGAGGUUGGUUUGAAUUCAUAAAAGAAAUGCCGGGUUUAAAAGGUGAAAGGAAAAUUUCUAUAUCCAAUGGCGACGAUGGCAACGAAGAUAUUGGCGAUAGCAACAGUGAUGAGGAGUUCGAUUACAAAACAUUUAAUACCACAUAUUUGAAAGAAAAUGGGGUGAAUAUUUCCUCAGUCGCAAAAUAUCGAGGGAUGCUUCUAACUGAAUGUUGUCAGAUAAUGAAAGAUAAUUUCAAUGACUUGGGAAAUUGCAAGGACGGAAACGGUAAUACGCCACUACACUUUAUCGCGGCCUUACCUGGUCUUAGCUACGAUUGUUCUACCUUAGUGAAAGAUUUGUUGGAAGCUGGUGUUGACCCGUUAGCGACAAACAAAGAUGGACAGAAUUUUCUGCAUAUAAUUAUGGGUAGAUGUAAAGCGAAAUGGCAUACCGGUGCAAUGUGCUUUUCGAAUGAUGUUUCCACGAGAGAGCACGUACCUGCAACGAAAUGGUUCGUCGAAGAUAGAGUCGAACUAUUAGAUCUACUUGCCGAGGAAUUAUCGCAGGCCCAAACGUCCUUGUUGGUGAAAGCACAGGACACAAGUGGCAACACGGUCAUGCAUGAGUUUGCGUUGGCUUCACCGAUUGAAGAAAAUUUCAAUGAAGUCCAAAUUUGCCAAAAGGUACUCAAGUUUGGUGCAAGUUUAAGAGUUCCGACCAACUUUGGUGAUUUGCCACUGCACUAUGCUCUUAAUCCGUCCGUUUAUGAUGUUUUGGAUUGGGAAGGCAGACUUUCUUGGGAAAGAAAUGAUAGUUAUGAAACUCCUGUUUUGUUUAUCUUGAAGUAUUCAGCCGACCUCUUCUUUGCGGAGACCUCCGCCUACUCGGAGCUGAAUGAUAAUGUUUCAUUAAGCACAAUGAACAAAAGAUCUGUUCACAAAGCUAUAAAGCUACUGAAAAACUUAACUGAAAUUUUAGAAAAAUAUUCAAUGCCUACACUGGCUUGGAUUCCUGACCGGGAAGGUACCGUCGUUAUCAGUAUACUACUAAUUUCCAUUAGACUUGCUUCCUACAAGUUGGAGCCAAUAGAGAAAAAUGACUCUUUUCUGUACAAUACUCACCAGCUGCGUUUAUUAUUGGUGGAAUUACUUCGUACAGUACUGAGGGAUGCAAAACCAAGUGACAUGAAACGACAGAACGGAAGAAGUGAGGGGUUUCUCCACGCGCUACUCAAUAUGGGCGUUAACAACAAACAUGUAAUCGUUGAAGAAGCGGAAAUGCUUCAUAGCCUCGAAAUACUUCUGAAGCACAAGGUGGAUGUGAAUGCAGUUGAUUUAAUGGGAAAUACCCCUCUAGAUAUCACCUACGAGCUUCAGGGGAAAUGUCCAAACCUUUAUAAGAAAUGUGCAGAAAUGCUUAUGGAGAAAGGGGCAACGUCCAAGAACAUAACACGAAAGCUUCGAUCGUGUCCGAACCGUCAUUUGAACAACGCACAACGUUUAACUGACCCCAAUUGUCCAGUCACUGUCAUAGAGAAGUAUCGUUACUCCAAUCAAGAUUCCAUUGGCAAUGGAGCAUUCAGCAAUAUUUUUGUUGCAAUCAAAGACGAGAAUGUUGAAAGUACAUCUGGAACGAUCGAAUGCCGAGCGUUCGCCUUGAAACGUAUUGAUAAGGCAAAGAUAAAUCCCCAAGAGAUCAAACGAGAGAUCACGACCUUGCUUCGUAUAUCUGGAAAGUGUGAAAAUAUCAUCGAAUAUCACGAAUUUGUUGAAGAUUCUUUCUUUCAAUACCUUUGUCUAGAUCUGAUGGACGGUGAUCUUAAUGAGUUUGUCACAAACAACGGUGACAAUAAAGUUCUGAGGGAGAAUCCAGCAAUACCUGUGCGGGUUACCAAAGAGAUUAUAGAUGGUUUAGCCUUCCUUCACGAACAGAAGUACAUUCAUCGCGAUCUCAAACCAGGAAACAUCCUGUAUACAACAGAUCAAUGUUUGCAAUUUAAGAUCGCCGACUUUGGCCUCACCAAAAACAUGUCUACGUUUUCAACGAUGACGUCAACGAGGGGGAGUGGUAUUGCCAUGGCACCCGGUACGCGAUGUUGGAUGGCGCCAGAGCUGGUCUGUAUGAAGUCAAGAGACCAUACCGAAAAGUCCGAUUUAUUUUCCAUGGGGCUGGUAAUUCAUUAUCUUCUCACCCUGGGCAAACAUCCUUUUGCUACAGGAAGUGAAGAACGAGCACACGUUAUCGAGCGAAACAUCGAAGAAGUACGGUUAAAUCUCGACAAGUCACUUCAUCCAGAAGCUAUUAGUUUUCUCGAGAAUCUUUUGAGAAGAGAUCCAUUCAAGCGACCACCAGCAAACAUGCUCAAGCAGCAUCCUUUUCUUUGGAGCGAGACCAAAAAGAUUGAAUUCCUCAAAGCGGUUGGCGAUCAGCCAGAGGCUGAAAGGCGUGCAAAUCAUCCCAACUCUGCAUUGGAGCAACGCUUGCAGAUGACACAAACUGGCCAAAGUGUCAGUUUUGCAUAUUGGAAUGUGGUUUUGAAAGACAUGUAUGACGAAAUGAUCAAAACGUGGAAAUCGAAGAAAUACAGAACGAACAAGUUAAUCGAUUUGAUAAGAUUCAUUCGCAAUACAUACUCUCACAGGCAGGAUAAGUCGUUACAGCUACAACAAGAUCUGGAUAAAAAUAUUUUUCUUCACAAGUAUCCAUCUAUUGUGCUUGACGUCCUUAGCGUGGUGCAGGAGUUAGGUUUCCAUGAAGAUGAAAGCCGUAACAAUAUUCGCCAAGCACUAAGCUUGAACACCUAA